AUGGUGAUAUUCCGUCGACUUGCGAGUACAACAACAACAGCUGCUGGAAGUGGAGGAGGUGCCCCAUUGAAAGGAUGGCGCAAGUAUGCCCAUCAAUUCCGAGACAAGCCAGCAUCGUACAUGACCACCUUUGCUCUCUUGCACGAAAUCACUGCCAUUGUGCCUUUACCCAUCGUUUAUUAUACCCUCGACUAUUCUGGUUGGCAUAUCCCACUUGUACCGCAAGAGGCCAUAGCAGAAGGCAAUCGGAUCAUGAGCAAGUUGAGAACUCGUUAUGGAUACGAACCCCUGGCACCCGAUAGUAGAAUCAUGGUCAAUUUAGCCACAUCCUAUGCUGUUGUCAAGGCCAUGAUGCCUUUACGGAUUGCAGCCUCGGUUGCCAUGACUCCCUUUUUUGCUGAACGUAUGAUAGGACCCUUGCUUGGAUCAUUUAGACGUUUCAUUCCCUUUAAAAAGUCAACCACCACAGGAUGA